AUGACUUCUCAAGAGAGAGACCAGACGGAUUUCGCAAGCCCAGUGCUUGCAGAGACGCCAAAAGCCAGGAAAGUCAGACCAGCUCGCAGAGAGACCAUGAACGAGAACGUUGCGGUUCAUGACCACACAGAAUACUUGUCAGCAGGCUUCCGGCGGGGCAACGAAGAUCAUACGCCAUCUUCGAAGAAGCUGCCACCCUCGCGACGUACCCUUGCCACAAGCAGAUCAGACAAUGCUACUCUGACCCCCGAUGAAGAUUCGCCAGCUCCAGCACUAGUGCGAGAGAACAGCAGCAGAUCCAUUGGCCCAGGAGUACCAGCUUUGCGCAGCCGGCACCCUCUCCACCCAAAGCCACGCUGGCUCAGUCGUCGGGACAAUGACUACGAUCUGGAUUGCAGCGUCUACGAUACUGGUCUGUGCAAAGACAAUUGCGCAGACCCAGCGACCGAAGAGAUGAUUCACUGCGAUGGUGAGACCAUUAUCGCUACCAGCAGUGAGAACAUGGUCCAACCAGCGCCUAGGCAACAGCAUUCUGGGGUAAGCUUCACGAUCACGCUUCCCCUGCAGCUUUGUAAAACCAGCUCCAAAUUCUACCACCUGAGGAACUUACCAACCAGAUCGCAACCUGCAUAUCUCCGCAACAGACUGUCUCAGUCAAACGAGCCCACGAACGGCUUCAGCUCCGCCAUGCCGACUCGCUCAGUCUACCUCGCCAAAUAUCGAACCAGCAGUCGAGAACGCGUACACUUUGCCAUCUUCAUCCCCAAUGCACAACAUGACAGAAAAGAUCUCAGUGAAACUUUCAAGUCUCAACAAACGAAAGGAAAGAUAAUUCAAGUCAUCGGCGAGCCAUUGAUGAGCGGCUACAUUUUGGAGUUCAAACGCAACUACGACUGCAGCACCGGCCCCGCCUUGAAGAUUCUCAAGUAUCUGGGCAGUGUGGAUGAUACGCACCUGUUCGAACCCGAGUCGGACGAACUUGUUCAAGAAAGCACGCCUCGGUCACAGCUGGAGCGUGAAGCGCAGAAGAUCCCGCCGCCCCGGAAAGGACAGGAUAUUCGGGCGCCGAUUGAUGGGGUCAAUACCAGGAGAUGUCAAGAAUGGACGACUGAAUUCAUCACGCAGCUUGCGGACUUGGGGAUGAUCGAGAGAGAGGCGGUUGAUCGUGUUCAGAGCGAGCGGGAUACGCCAACGCAUGGGAUUUUUGGGUACUGA